CCCCCCAACCCCACCACCACCUCAUUCACAAUGUCUUCUUCUCUCGAGCAGCUCAAGGCCACCGGCACCGUUGUCGUCUGCGACUCCGGUGACUUCGCCACCAUUGGCAAGUACAAGCCUCAGGAUGCCACCACCAACCCUUCCCUGAUCCUCGCCGCCUCCAAGAAGCCCGAAUACGCCAGCCUCAUCGAUGCUGCUGUUGCCAAGGGCAAGGAGGAGGGCAAGACCCUCGACGAGAAGGUUGACGCCGUCCUUGACCGUCUCCUGGUUGAGUUCGGCAAGAAGAUCCUCGAGAUCAUCCCCGGCAAGGUCUCCACCGAGGUCGACGCUCGUUUCUCCUUCGACACCCAGGCCUCCAUCGACAAGGCCCUUCACAUCAUCAAGCUCUACGAGGAGAACGGCAUCUCCAAGGACCGUAUCUUGAUCAAGAUCGCCUCUACCUGGGAGGGUAUCAAGGCCGCCCAGGUCCUCCAGUCCAAGUACGGCAUCAACUGCAACCUGACCCUCAUGUUCUCCACCGUCCAGGCCAUCGCUGCCGCCGAGGCCGGUGCCUACCUCAUCUCCCCCUUCGUCGGCCGUAUCCUCGACUGGUACAAGGCCGCCCACAAGCGUGACUACACCGCCCAGGAGGACCCCGGUGUCAAGUCCGUCGAGAGCAUCUUCAACUACUACAAGAAGCACGGUUACAACACCAUCGUCAUGGGUGCCUCUUUCCGUAACACCGGUGAAAUCACCGAGCUCGCCGGUUGCGACUACCUGACCAUCUCCCCCAACCUCCUCGAGGACCUCUUCAACUCCACCGCCGCCGUCCCCAAGAAGCUGGCCGCCUCCAACGCCGCCACCCUUGACAUCCCCAAGAAGACCUACAUCAACGACGAGGCUCUCUUCCGCUUCGACUUCAACGAGGAGGCCAUGGCCGUCGAGAAGCUCCGCGAGGGUAUCUCCAAGUUCGCUGCCGAUGCCGUCACCCUCAAGGACAUCCUCAAGGAGAAGAUCCAGGCCUAA